UUAGGACGGGAGGCUUCAAUCGUGUAAAGGUUAAUAGUCUCGUAAGCCCGAUGUGCAUGCAUGCACAUAUGUCAAAAUGUAGUGUCGGUCGAUUAUACUUAAAUGCAUGUCUUGUGUUGGUUUUUUUUCUUCCAAAUUAUUCCUAAUAAUUUAAUAUGGGUUAUAUCGAAGAUUCAUUAAUCAUUCUCGUGUCACAGAUCUUCUUCUUUUCUGGAGGUUGGGUUUUCUUUGUCAAGAUGCUCUUUAAGGAUUACGAGAUUCAUCAUAGAACAGUCCAGCUCAUUUUCGCUAUCACUUUCUCUCUUUCUUGCACUAUGUUUGAACUCAUUAUCUUCGAGAUAGUAGGCAUUUUAGACCCUAGGUCACGUUACCUGCACUGGAUUGUUGGCCUUUAUUUAAUUUUUUUCAUGUUAAUUGUGGCAAUUCCUUAUUACAUAGGAUACUAUAUUGUUAUAAACAUAAGAUAUGUAACAAAACAAAUGAUAAAACCUCUAACCGCUGCAAUAUGGUGUAUAUUUAUUUACCUCUUCUGGAAGAUCGGAGACCCUUUCCCUCUUCUGAGCCCCAAGCAGGGCAUCUUGUCGAUAGAGCAAGCGAUAAGCAGGGUCGGUGUUAUCGGAGUAACAGUGAUGGCCUUGCUCUCAGGUUUUGGUGCUGUUAAUUAUCCUUAUUCUUCCAUGGCUUACUUCAUCAGAGAGGUAUCAACUGCCGAUGUGGUCGUCGUGGAGAAAAAGUUAAUGUUCACAAUGGACAUGAUUCUGGCAAAGAAGAAGAGGAUCGCUUUAUCUAAAAGAGGAAGUAAGGCUGGCUUUUCUAUUGGGUCGCCCCAAGGUCUAUGGGGUAUGCUUAGAACUGGGAAAAUUACAGACUCAGAAAAUAUUUGGCAAUUGAAACAAGAAACAGCUGGGUUGGAAGAGCUUAGCAGACAGCUUUUUCUUGAAGCUCAUGAUUUGAAGGAUAUGCUAACCAGAAUGGAAUGGGCCAAAACAUGGCAGGGAAAAUAUUUUAACUGUCUUGGCUAUUUCUUUUCAUUAUAUUGUGUCUGGAAAAUAAUUAUUUCCACAGUGAAUAUUAUUUUUGAUCGAGUUGGCAAGAAGGAUCCUGUUACCAAGGGUAUGGAGAUAGUAGUCCAUUGGCUAGGAAUGAACAUAGAUGUUGCAUUUUGGUCGCAGCAUAUUUCUUUUUUUCUUGUUGGAUGUAUCGUCAUAACAUCUAUAAGAGGCCUUUUACUCACAUUGACUAAAUUUUUUUAUGCCAUAUCCAGCAGUAAAUCUUCCAAUAUUAUCGUUUUAAUCCUCGCUCAAAUUAUGGGUAUGCAUUUUGUCUCAUCCGUACUGUUGAUGCGAAUGAAUAUGCCUCCAGAAUACCGAAUGAUCAUCACCCAAGUGCUGGGCGACUUGCAGUUUAACUUUUACCAUAGAUGGUUUGAUGUAAUAUUUUUAGUCAGUGCUCUUUCAUCAAUAGCAUUCCUAUAUCUUGCACACAAACCACCACCAGUUGAAAAAACCUAAAUCUAAUUAUACAUAAAUAAUUUUCAUAUAUAUUUGUAAAUAUUAACUUUUUACAGUGUGAG